GCGCUCUCUCUCUCUCUCUCUCGUCACAAGCACCAGCCAAGUAAGCAACAAUCGACCUCCCUCAUUCUAUUCAAGCGCCGGCCCACAAGCGAAGCACUUCCCGUUGCGAUCGAGCUGCCCCCGCCAGCCAAGGCCAAUAGCUAGCACCGCCACCAAGAUGAAGAAGGCCUCGUCACUCUCCGAGCUGGGCUUCGACGCCAACGGCGCGGCAUCGGGCUUCUUCCGCCCGGUGGCGGACGACGGCCUCUGCACGCCGACGUCGCACCGCCGGCGCCUCACCAAGGUCUCCGUCAUCGGCGCCGGCAACGUCGGCAUGGCCAUCGCGCAGACCAUCCUCACGCGCGACCUCGCCGACGAGAUCGCGCUCGUCGACGCGCUCCCGGACAAGCUCCGCGGGGAGAUGCUCGACCUGCAGCACGCGGCGGCGUUCCUGCCGCGCACGCGCCUCGUCUCCGGCACGGACAUCGCCGUCACCAGGGGCUCCGACCUCGCCAUCGUCACCGCCGGCGCGCGCCAGAUCCCCGGGGAGACCAGGCUCAACCUGCUGCAGCGGAACGUCGCGCUCUUCCGGAAGAUCGUGCCGGCGCUGGCGGAGCACUCUCCGGACGCCAUCCUGCUCAUCGUCUCCAACCCGGUCGACAUCCUCACGUACGUGGCGUGGAAGCUGUCGGGGUUCCCGGUCAACCGCGUCAUCGGAUCCGGCACCAACCUUGACUCGUCCAGGUUCAGGUUCCUCCUGGCCGAGCACCUCGACGUCAACGCGCAGGACGUGCAGGCUUACAUGGUGGGGGAGCACGGCGACAGCUCCGUGGCCAUCUGGUCGACGGUGAGCGUGGCGGGGAUGCCGGUGCUCAAGUCGCUGCAGGAGAGCCACAGCAGCUUCGACGAGGAGGCCCUGGAAGGCAUCCGGCGUGCCGUGGUGAACAGCGCCUACGAGGUGAUCAACCUCAAGGGCUACACCUCCUGGGCCAUCGGCUACUCGGUGGCCAACCUCGUGUCCUCCAUCCUCCGCGAUCAGCGCCGCAUCCAUCCGGUGUCAGUUCUCGCCACCGGGUUCCAUGGCAUAGCGGAUGACCACGAGGUGUUCCUCAGCCUCCCCGCAAGGCUUGGCCGUGGCGGCGUCCUGGGCGUCGCCGACAUGGAGCUCACCGAGGAGGAGGCCAGGAGGCUCAGGCAGUCGGCCAAGACGCUUUGGGAGAACAGCCAGCUCCUGGGGCUCUAAAUUAUAAUACGUUAAUACUACUCCGUCCCGUGGUGAUGAGUCGUGUGAUUCUCGAACUCAUGACAGUCUUCUAUAGUUAAUCCACCUGUCAAUAUGUUCCUUAAUUAAUACUAAGUUUUUGUGGUGUAAUAGUGAGCACUUGGUUGAUGUAACCGUUUGCUCUGAGUCUCUGUAACACCGUUGAGUUUUCAAUUUGUACGCUUAUCUUGUAACUUGAAAAUAAACUCAGUUGAUAU